UAAAAUUAAUAAUUCAACAAAAAAUAAUAACAAUGGACGACAUGGUGAGUUAUUUGCAAACCAAAAUGACAUCAUCACCAGCACCAAUAUCAAGGACUGCAUUUGCUCAGAAAUAAGCGAGAAUAUGGAGAUCAAUAUUAGAGAGAAAACUGAAAUAAAACAAUCAUCUCGUAGUCCAAGUCCAGAAGUUACUCAUACUAUUAAAAUUGCUAUGAAAUAUAUUGGUCAACCUGGACUUGCUCACAGUGAUAAUAAAAAUACUAAAAUUAAUUACGAUGAAUCAUCAAUUAGUUGUGUUGAUAAUAAUCAAAAUAAUUAUCAGGAAUUUGGUAAAAAAAAUAAUGAAUGUUGUGGUGUUAAUGUUGCACUAGAUUUUACACUUAAUUGUAAUAAUUUUCAAUUGACACAACGUGAUGUAAGCUUGAAAGCAAUGUCAAAAAAUUAA